AUGGAAAAGAAACCGCACUUCGUCAGGAGGGAGUUUCCUCCUAGGGAGGUGUCGUCCGUCUCGUUGGCGUUACUGCUGGCGGCCAUCCUGCUCCUUAAUGCCUUUCUCUACCUGUACCUCAACAAGUUUUACACGUCUUCAGGACAUGCUGAAAUGGACCCUGGCCUCUGCCCUUUUGGGUACUUCAAAAUGGGAACAAUGAAGAAUUGUUCCCCGUGGCUCUCCUGCGAAGCCAUAAACAGGGAAGUCAGGAAACUCAAGUGUGUUGGUGAAGGUGCUGUGAAAAAGGUCUUCCUUUCCGAGUGGAAGGAAAACAAAGUGGUCCUUUCGCUGCUCACCAACUCGGACCUGAAGGAGGACUUCCUCCACGGACUGAAGAUGCUGAAGGCACUUCAAAGCAAGCACGUUGUCCGGCUGCUCGGCUACUGUGAGCAGCAGUUCACAAUCCUCACCGAGUACCAUCCUCUAGGCUCCCUGCGGGGCCUGAAUGAAACUCUGCACAUCCCAAAGUACCAGGGCAUGAACACCUGGCAUCGCAGGCUGAUGCUGGCCAUAGACUACGUGAGCGUCAUUCGGUACCUGCACAGCAGCCCGCUGGGCACCUUAGUGAUGUGCGACUCCAAUGACCUGGACAAGGUCCUCUCACAGUAUCUCCUCACAAGUGACUUUCACAUCCUGGUGAACGAUUUGGAUGCUUUGCCUCUUGUGAACAAGAGUGCUGGCAGGCUGGUGAAGUGUGGUCACCGGGAGCUCCAGGGCGAGUUUGUAGCUCCUGAGCAGCAUUGGCCCUAUGGAGAAGAGGUGCCUUUCGAGGAUGACCUCAUGCCACCCUAUGACGAGAAAACAGACAUCUGGAAAAUCCCAGAUGUCUCCAAUUUUUUACUGGGCCACGUUGAAGGAAGUGACAUUGUGCGACUGCAUUUGUUUGACAUCCAUGCAGCAUGUAAGAAGAAGGACCCGGCUGAAAGGCCUUCUGCCCAAGAGGUCUUAGACACCUACAGGAAGGUUUUAACUCUCCUUAUUCGGGAGGCAACCAUGCCUGCUACUAGGGAAAUGUUAUAGUGAAUCAUGAGACAGACAGCAUAUGGAAGUUGACUUCCUAUUUAUUUAGCUUUCCUGAAGGGCAAAAUCUCAAUCCCUGAAAACUAAGAGGUGAAGAACAACUGCACUUUUACCUUUUGAUUAUAAAAUAAAAUCCA